AGGAGAGGCGUCAGUAUAAAUCCAGCAGCAGCAGACUGUUUCCAUCAUCUGGAUAUCAUCUGCUAAUAUGGCUCCAAAGAAAGCGAAGAAGCGAACAGAGGGUGGCUCCAACGUGUUCUCCAUGUUCGAGCAGCCGCAGAUCCAGGAGUUCAAAGAGGCGUUCACCAUCAUGGACCAGAACAGAGACGGCUUCAUCGACAAGAACGACCUGAGAGACACGUUCGCAGCUUUAGGCCGUUUAAAUGUCAAGCAGGAGGAGAUAGACGAGAUGCUGAAGGAGGCCCCGGGGCCCAUUAACUUCACCGUCUUCCUCACCAUGUUCGGAGAGAAACUCAAAGGUGCCGACGCAGAGGAGACGAUCCUCAACGCUUUCAAAGUGUUUGAUCCUGAGGGGAAGGGAACGCUGAAGAAAGACUACGUGUCUCAGAUGUUGACCACGCAGGCGGACAGAUUCUCCCCUGAAGAGCUGGGAGAGAUGUUCUCAGCGUUCCCUCCAGAUGUGGCAGGAAACCUGGACUACAAGAACCUUGUGCACAUCAUCACGCACGGAGAGGAGAAAGACCAGGAAUAAAUGAUCCUCUGAUUUAAAAACAAACGUGCAGAAAAUGAAUUUGAGCAGAAAUACAAAUUAACUGUCUCACAUUGUGUUUUGCAUUAUAGUAUCAAUACAUUUUAAUGUAGUCAUAAUAGUCGGUGUAUGUGUCUAUAAAUACUGCAAUCUCUUGAUGUGUAUUUUGUGAAAUUAAAAGUUU